CAUUCCUCAUUGGAUGUCAGGAAGUCGAAUCUCCAUCCAGUAAUGUUUUCAAAGUGGCACAGGAAGCGGAGGAAGGGGAACACUUCAUCCUGGGCAUUACUGGGCUGGAGUAUGUGCUGGCGUCCGGAGGGCUGAAGCAAAUGGUCAGCAUGAUCUCCCACUACCCGCUGGCCACCAUCUUACCCUGGCCGCCGCUCGCCGACCUGGACUGCACUCUGCUCCUGGAGGGCGACGGAGGGGUGGCCCUGCAAAGGUACCAGGCCCGCUCCCCGGAAGGAAGCCCGCGACACUGGAGCUCGGUGCAGGACUGGGGGGAGGAAGUGGAGGAAGGCGCCAUCUACAACGUGACGCUGAAGAGGGUUCAGAUUCAGCAGGCGGCCAACAAAGGCGCAAGAUGGCUGGGGGCGGAGGGCGACCGCUUGCCUCCCGGUCACACGGUCAGCCAAUUGGAGACGUGCAAGAUCCGAAGUAUCCGCGCCGGGACGAUGGAGCGUCUGGUGGAGACGCUGCUGACGGCGUUCGGCGACAACGACCUCACGUACACGUCCAUCUUCCUGUCCACCUACCGAGCCUUCGCCAGCACGCAGACGGUACUGCACCUGCUGCUUGACAGAUAUGGAAGCGCAGAAGAGAACCAAGCAGGUGCCAAGAAAAGCAACGGAGCUAUCAGAAAUGCCUUAGCCUCCAUCCUGCGUGCCUGGCUGGACCAGUGCCCCGAAGACUUCCAGGAGCCGCCAGACUACCCCUGCCUGCGCAGGCUGAUGGACUACCUACGCGGGGCUCUGCCAGGUUCCGAGGCCCUGCGACGCGCCGAGGGCCUGCUGGAGCAGCUGCAGGGGCAGGCCAGCCUGGACGAGCCUGACUCCGGGUUCCACGGCAAUAGUUCCUUUUGCCUCGGCGAGGAGGAUGAAGCGGACACGGACCUCCAGGAGGACUUCUUGUCGUUUGACUCGGACCUGGUGGCGGAACAGCUGACCUACAUGGACGCACUGCUGUUCAAAAAAGUCGUCCCCUACCACUGCCUGGGCUCCAUUUGGUCCCGGAGGGACAAGAAAGACCACAAGCACAGCGCCCCCACCGUGCGGGCCACCAUCACGCAGUUCAACGCCGUGGCCGCCUGCGUGGUCAGCACCGUGCUGAGGCACCGACAGAUACGGCCGCACGUCCGAGCCAGGGUCAUCCAGCGCUGGAUUGACAUCGCUCAGGAAUGCCGGAUCCGUAAAAAUUUCUCCUCCCUGCGAGCCAUCGUGUCAGCCCUGCAGUCCAACCCUCUGUACCGGUUGAAGAGAGCGUGGAACUGCGUGCACAAAGACAGCAUGCAGACCUUUGAGGAGCUGUCGGACAUCUUUUCCGACCACAACAACUACCUGACCAGCAGAGAGCUGCUCAUGAGGGAAGGUACUUCAAAGUUUGCCAGUCUGGAGAGUUGUGCCAAGGAGCAUCAGAAACGCACCCACAAGAGACUCCAGCUGCAGAAGGAAAUGGGAGCCAUGCAGGGAACCAUACCAUACUUGGGGACCUUUCUGACCGACUUGACCAUGCUGGACACAGCACUUCCGGACCUCGUCGAGGGUGGUCUCAUCAACUUUGAGAAGAGACGAAGGGAGUUUGAGGUGAUCGCUCAGAUCAGGCUGCUGCAGUCGGCCUGUAACAGCUACUGCCUGACUCGGGAUCAGGUGUUCCUGCGCUGGUUCAAGAGCCAGACUCAGCUCAGCGAAGAGGAAAGCUACGCCCUGUCGUGCGAAAUCGAAGGCCUCGGCGAUAGCAGCCCGACGUUACCCAAGCCAAGGAAAAGUAUGGUGAAGAGGCUCAGCCUGUUGUUCCUGGGUGUAGACAGCAGCGCGUCUAGCUCCAGCUCUCCGGUGCGGGAGAUGCCGCGAUCGCCACCGACCGGCAGCUCCGGGGAGAGCAUGGACUCGGUUAGCGUCUCCUCCAGCGACUCCGGCGGCCCCUCAGACAGCGAGGGGCUCACCCCCACCCACGGCACAGACCCCCAGAACAAGCUAUCAGAGUCAUCAUCUUGCACGUCGCUGCAUUCCAUGGACACGAGCUCAUCCACCACCAGCGUUUCCAUGACGCCCGUGUCCCCCUCGCUUCCGGGACCCCCGUGCAGCCACCGCCGCUCCGUGUCCCUUACGCCCUUGUCUCCCUCGUCCCCCGGCCAGACGCCGGCUUACAACACGCAGGCCCAGGACGCUUGCAUCAUCAGAGUCAGCCUGGAGCAGGGCAACGGGAACCUCUACAAGAGCAUACUGCUGACAAGUCAAGACAAGACUAGGGCGGUGAUUUCCAGAGCCAUGGCCAAACACAACCUUGAGCAAGAACCGGAGGAUGGUUACGAGCUGGUCCAGGUCCUCUCUGACGACCGAGAGCUGAUCAUCCCAGACAACGCCAACGUCUUCUACGCCAUGAACACAUCGGCCAACUUUGACUUCCUGCUGCGCGUGCGCGGCUCAACGCCGCGGACCGGCGUGCCGGUCCAGAUGCGCGUGCGCUGCAGCUCCACGCUGCCCCGAACGCACCACCACCGCUCCAGCCUGUCGCUCCGGCUCAGCAAAGUCACACUGUGAACGCAACACUACUCUGGAACGCAAAAUGGACCAAGUGCCAAAAAACAUUUGUUCGUAUUAUAUCCUCAUGCUAAGCGUUCCAUUCCCAUGCUGAGGACUGUGGACUAACUCAAAUGGCAGCCCGCCUGACUUGCUGUGACCGAUGAUGCCUGCCUAGAGCAGAGAAGAGGAAACAGCGACCCCCAGUGGCCUCUAUGUCUUAUGGCAAGUUGUAUUUGCACAUCAAAAAAAAAAGGGGGCCUGUCCAAAGCUCCUGAGCGCCAACAACAGUAUUCUCAUAGCAUCAGCAUUAUUAUUGUUAAUAUUAUUAGUAUUGUAGAAUUUUCUUGGACCUACACCAGUCCUCAUGUGAGUAUGCCUUGUGUGUGUGUGUGCUAUUGAACAUGUGAGUAUAGUAUUGUGUAUGUGUGUGUGUGAGUCAUUGAAUGAAUGCAUGUGUUAGUGUGUGAGCGAGACAGCGAGCCGCAUGACGAACGCCCAGCGCGCAUUCUGAUUGGUUCGCCUGGGGUGCUCUUCUUAUUGGUUGUCCCACUCGGGGUGCGAACGGGACUCUUGCUCUGAACUGAACCACACAGCGUUGCACUUGUCACUUGGGCCAACAUGGGAUGUGAAAAGACAACAUGAACAUGUCACUCUUGCUUUUUCUAUGUCAAUUCGGUGGAACGCCAGUCGCGUAGAGGCCGACGGAGGAUUUUAGCUAGGUGUAAAAAAAAAAAAAAAAAGUGAUGCCUUUCUGAAACCUCCACAGCAGCGCAUAUCAAACUGUGACAGACGUGCCAAGAAAAUUCCAGGAAAAAAAAAUUCCAAAUCAUUGCCAGGCCAGGAAAGGUCAAAGAUUGGAAUCAAAUCACAUGAAUAAAAUGACUAAAUCUGCAAAGCGCUGCUGUGGAAGAAAAAUUAAUGUCAAGAAUCUGUUUUAAAGUUGGACCCGCCUUUGACCUCCAUGCAGCACUUGGAUGCAAAAUCAUUGCCAAAGAUGCCUCUACCUGAACAAAUAAAUUAUUCAUUAUCAAUA